AAUCAACGCGAUCCAAACCAGCGCGUGAACAACCCACCAGCUGGGUAUAUAUACAGCGAUGACAGCUCGCUAAGCCACUGCGUUUGCUUCAACAGUCCAGUGAAAGAGGAGACCUCGAACACAAAAGCGAUUCUUUCAACGAUACGACUUAGCGUUGCUCACAGACGUGUCAACAUGAAGGCAAUAAGUCCAGUCAGGUCUUUCCGGAAAAAUAACACGAACGUGACGGAGCACAGUCUGGGAAUCGCACGGAGCAAGACCCCCGUGGACGAUCCUCUCAGCCUGCUGUACAACAUGAACGACUGCUACUCCAAACUGAAGGAACUGGUGCCCAGUAUCCCGCAGAACAAGAACGUGAGCAAAAUGGAAAUCCUGCAGCAUGUCAUUGAUUAUAUCCUGGACCUGCAGAUCGCACUUGACUCGAAUUCGGCGAUCACCAGUCUACAUCACCCGCGAGCGGGGCAGGGGACGUCCAGAACCCCCCUCACAACUCUCAACACAGACAUCAGCAUCCUCUCAUUACAGACACCAGAGUUUCAAUCAGACUUGAUCACAGAGGACAGCAGGACACUUUACCGUUAAUCAGGUGUUUGGUUAAGACGCAAGAACACACAGGACCUGGGAACUGACUUUUCCUCCCAUUUCUUUUCUCGGUCUGGAGUUUUUCUUUUUCUUUCCUGUAAUUUGAAUCAAGAGACUUUUUGCUUCUCAAUGGACAAUCCAUGUGAUGUGUAAAUACGUUUGGACAUUGAUUAUUUAUCUAUAAAAAAAAGAAAAAAGACUUGUAUAGUCCUUCAAGAGGAAGAAGCACUAUAUUCCCUGAAAAUAGGAGGGAAACAAAUGAAAAGGCUCGCAAGGAACAUCUUCUCUGCAAGUAGAAGAAAUCG